AUGGAACACAAGAAAAGUCUUGUCGAUAUUGCUAGCGAGGAAACAAAUGUUCUCGGGUUUCUUGGGCCUGUCGAAUACAAAUACGAUGAAGAAUUCAUUGUGACAAUAGAAUCAUAUCCAAUUUCCAAUUUGCCGAAUGAUCUUGCGCAAUGGACUUUUAACCUUGUGAAACGAAAUGUCAGAGAGUUCUACAAAAAAUCAAAUGACGGAUGGAAUCCACGCGAGAAACUGGACGAAAUGCGUGAACCUCAUGCUCGUUACUUGAUUGCGCGUCGUAAAAAUGAUAAUACUAAGGAACAAGAUGCUAGUAAAGGACAACAACAGGAUUGUGAACAAAAAUUACGCAAAGAUGAACAUGCAAGAGGAAAAGGACUUGGGACCUUUCUCAUGCGAACGAUGGAAGAUCUGGGCAGACGAUGGAAAAUGAAGAAAAGUAUGUUGACGAUAUUUAAAGCAAAUACGAAAGCCUUGAAUUUCUAUUACAAACAUCUCGGAUACGAAAUUGACGGGAUCUCUCCGAGUUUAUAUUUAGAUCCAAAAGAGGCAGAGGAAUACGAUUAUGAGAUAUUGAGUAAAGAUUUAUGA